AACAAACAAACAAAUAUGUCUGCUGUCUCUCCGGUUUUGAGUGCAGAUGAGGACUCGCUUGAGCUUCACAUGGUGCGGCUGGAACUGGAGGAUGUGGAGAAGCAGAUCCGCGGCCUACUCGACAAGCAGGCCCAGCUGCUGGAGCGACAAACUGCGCUGGAAACAUCUUGUGCCUCUGCUCACAUAUCCAAGGUAAGCACACAGCGUGGUAUUUCCACUCCCAGCCCCUCUACGCCGUGUGUUUCUCUGUGCAGGGACCGUGCACCUAGGACUUUCCCAGCCGUGGUCUCCGUCACGCCAGCGCCAACACACCUCGGGCCUUGGGUGAACCAGCGGCGAAAGGCGCGGGCUGGACCUUCUCCACCUCCGGUGUUCGAGAUUCCAACCAGGAACCGCUUCGCCCCUCUCCGCCAGACCAGACCCAACACUGUGAUCGUCGGGGACUCCAUUGUGCGGAACGUCCGAGUAGCCUCAUCUAAAGGUAAGGUGCGCACACACUGUUUUUCUGGUGCUUGUGUCCUUGAUGUCGCUGCGCAGGUAUCCGGGAUCCUGAAGAAGGACGAGCGCAUUGGAGCGGUUGUGCUGCACGCGGGGAUGAACGACACCAGGCUGCGGCAGACGGAGGUUCUGAAGAGGGACUUCUCCAGCCUGAUCGAGACGGUACGAGGCAGAUCACCUACCGCGAAGAUCAUCGUCUCUGGACCUCUUCCCACAUACAGACGUGGAGCAGAAAAGUUGUUUCGUCCUGAUGGCCUGCACCCCAGCAGCCUUGGAGCGGAACUGCUUUCAGACAACAUUUCCAAGGCGCUACACUCCAAGUGACUGCCUACCGUAAGUACAUCUUCCAAUAAUAACAUUCAGUAUAAUCAAUGUUCAACUAAAAAUCCGGCAAAGGUAAUACAUACUAUAGAGACUGUGUCUGUUCCCCGAGCUAUUCAAAUAUAUAGAAAAUCUCGGAAAGUCGAUCUUCGUAACCUAAUUAACAUAAAAUUAAAUCAUAUUGAAUGCACAGCCAGCACUUUUGAUCUGAGGCUAGGACUAUUAAACAUUAGAUCUCUUGCGUCUAAGGCUCUUAUAGUUAACGACAUCAUUACUGAUCAGGAAUGUAAUUUAAUGUGUUUAACGGAAACUUGGAUUAAACCAAACGAGUACAUAGCAUUAAAUGAAGCCAGUCCUCCUGGAUACAGUUAUGUACAUCAGCCUUGUUCAACUGGUAGAGGAGGAGGUGUU